AUGUGGGCUCGCUGGCUUCUACUGCUCGCCUGCUGGACCCCGAUUCACGCACAAAUACCGUAUCCCGGAACGUCGAAGGAAGCAUGGCUGGAUUGCGAGAUGAAACCGGCGCGGUCGUCGCUAACGUGGCCCGACGGAAAGCAAACGGUGUGGACGCCGGCGGUGAUGUUCCAGUUCAAAUCCGAGAAACGAGAAACAUGCAUCGCAUUGAGCGAAUGGUCCCGUCCAGCCCCCGAAGAAACUGAACCCGAUGCCGAUGUUUGGCGCCAGUACUACAGCCUGUAUCCGGAAAACGUGAACCUCACAGAGCACGUGUACCCUCCCUGGUUCUCUCCCACAAACUCGACCAACCCCACCGUGCAGGCUGAUGAUAUACCCUUCGAGACAUACUAUUAUACCGGGAUGAUCAUCGCCAUCCCCCUGACCAUCUUCAUCACCGUCCUUGCCUGCGUGUACUUCAGAAUUGCGAAAAGGGCUGAGCCGCUGGAGGGUUCUGAGCGCGCCACUUCCAACCCUGAAGUCCCGUCGGACCCGCCGACUGCCUCUGAAAAAGCCCCCGAGACGACGCCAGCU